GCAGGCAGGCAGACCACCGACAGACCGACCGACCGACCGAACGACUGACAGCCAGCUGGACGCAGAGCGAGACCCGACGGCCGCAGACAUGGACGUGUACGACCCCCAGACGCUGGGCUUCGUGGUGUUCGGCGGCUUCAUGCUGGUGUCGGCGCUGGGCAUCGCGCUCGUCUCCACGCUCUCCAUGAAGGAGACGUCCUACGAGGACGCGCUCGCCGAGCAGCGCCGCAAGCUCGCCCGCCUGCAGCCCGCCGGCGCCGCGCCGGCCCCGGCCCACGCCAACGCCACGUCCGCCCGCGCCGACAAGAAGCGGAAGAAGAAGAAGGAGAAGGCGGCGGCGGCGGCGGCGGCAGUUGAGCAGGUCGCCGAGGAAGUAGCGGACGAACCCGAACCGGAGCCCGAACCCGUGCCGGAGCCUGUUGUCGUGGAAACCGUCGUGAGCGAGCCUGCCGCCGCCGUCGUCGUCGAGGAGGAGGAGGAGGAGGAAGAGCCAGAGGCUCAGGAACCCGAGGCCGCCCCGGAACCCGUCGUCGAGCCUGCCGCCCCCGUCGUCGUGGAGACGCCCGUGGUCCCCUCCCCGUCGUCGUCGGGCAAGAAGAAGAAGAAGGUGGCCAAGGUGGAGCCCGCCGUCGCCAAGCCCCAGGACAACGUCGCCGCCGUGGCGCCCAUCGUCGUGGAGCCCGUCGUCGUGGAGGUCGCCGUGGAGACGGCCGCUGCCCCGCCUGUCGCCGUGGCUACCGUCGCCCCGGUCAAAGCUGAAGAGCCCAAAGCAGAAGCCCCUCCCCCAGCCGCCGCGCCCAGCAAGAGGAGCAGGAAGAAGAAGGCGGAGCCAGUUGCCCCUGUGGUGGAGGCGACCACUGUUGCCCCUGUUGCCCCUGUUGCCCCUGUUGCCCUGGUAGCCGCUGUGACCCCUGAGGCCGUUGCCGUGCCGUCCGCGCUGCCCGCCCUGCUCUCGGCCCUCAGCACCCUGACCGACGCCGAGACCCUGAAGCUCAUGGAGACGCUCGGGGACAAGGCCGGACAGGACUCCUGGCAAAUGGCUUCUCUGAAAGGAGACCCCAUGGCUGCGGUGAAGAAGCAGCUGGAGGAGAAGGAGAAGGCCCUGGCAGCGGAACUGGAGAACUCUGCCACCGCUAAGAACCGCGUGAAGGAACUCACCAAGGAGCUGGGUGCGGAGAAGUCUCGCCUGGCGGCGGUGGAGACUCGUCUGAGCUCGGAGCUGAGCGGGCGGCAGCAGGAGCUGAUGGCUCUGCAGGCGCGCAUGCAGGCCUCCUACGAGGAGCACCUCAUGGAGACGCAGCAGCUCACCGGCAAGAUCCAGAGUCUGCAGGAGCAGCUGGAUAGCGGCCCCAACGCCCAGCUGGCCCGUCUGCAGCAGGAGAACUCCAUCCUCAGGGACGCCCUCAACCAGGCCACCAGCCAAUCAGAGAGCAGGCAGAAUGCGGAGAUGGCGAAGCUGCGUCAGGACUGCAUCCGUCUCAGCCGGGAGCUCAGCGAGCGCACCGACGCCCACCUGGCCGAGGAGGAGCGCCGGAAGGUCCUGGAAGCCAAGAUGGCCGCCGCGGAGGAACAGCUGGUCCAGGUCCAGGUGCGUUCCCAGGAGAGCGAGCGCUGUCUGCAGGCGGAGCUGGAGCGCGUGGGGGCGGAGCUGGCGCUGGCGUCGCAGGGCGGCGGCGGGAUGAGCCAGCAGCUGGACACACUCAGCACACAGCUGCAGCAGCAGCUACUGCAGGCCCAGGAGCAGGCCGCCACACUCACCGAGCUUCAGGAGCGCCUGGCCGCCACCGAGGCCGAGCUGAAGGAGAAGUGCGCCGAGCUGGAGGCUCUUAGGACCCAGCAGACACCCGCCACCGCCGACGCCGCUGCCGCCGCUGCCCCAGAGGCUCCCGCAGAGACCGAGGCUGAGACCCCAGCCGUCACCGAGGAGGAGCAGCCGCCCGCAGUGGAGGAGGUGGAGAAGGAGGCGGAGGGAGAGACCUCCCUGGACGAGGAGGUGCAGGUGAUCGAGGAGGAGGUGGUGCCAGCAGAAGCAGUGGAGGCGACAGCUGAGGAGGUGGAGGAGGUGGCAGUUGUGGAGGAGGAGGAGGAGGUGGAGGUGGUUGCUGUUGAGGAGGAGGUGGUAGCUGUACAGCAGCAGGAGGAGGUUCAGCAAGAGGCGCAGGCUGCAGUGGAGAGUGAGCCACAGGCUGAUCACACAGCGGAGAUCGAGGAGCUGAGGAGCAGCCUGCAGCAGAAGGAGGCUGAGUUGAGCUCGGUGACGGAGGAGCUGCUCAAACUGAAGGGGGAGAUGGAGCUGCUGAAGGCCGAACCUGCACCCAUCCCUGAGGCCCAGCACAACGGUGUGAAGGAUGUGGAAGAGCCAGCUGUUGAGACUGCAGUGGAGGAGUCCGUAUCAGAGCCAACCCCCGUCACAUGUGCUCCCGACACCACCGCCGACAUCGAGCAGCUCCAGAGCAGUCUGGAAGAGAAGGAUCGUCUGGUGGCGUCACUUCAGGAAGAGCUGGAGCUGGUCAAGGCCCAGACAGAGACCAAGGAGGACCUGCCUGAGAUGGAGCAGCUGCAGGCGGAGCUUAUCCAGCUGAAGGAGGAGCUAGAACAAGUCAAGAGUGCCAAGACGGAGGCGGAGGAAGCAUCAGAAGCUGAGCAGCCAUUUGAAAACCUGGAGAAGGACGCUCGUAUGAUGUCACUGGAGGAGGAGCUGCAGCAGCUGAAGGACGAGCUGGAGCAGGUGAAGAACAAGAGCAACGAGUUGAGGGAGAAGAACUGGUCGGCGAUGGAGGGUCUGGCUACGGCCGAAAAGCUGGGCGAGGAGAGACUGACCCAAGCCAAAGAUGCACUGGCCGAGGCUGAGAAACAGCUGAGCUCUUUCCAGACAGAAGCCAAGACUGCCCUACAGACACUAUUCCCACAGGUUGCCAUAGAGACAGAACAGACUAACUGGUUGGAGGCGUUCACGGCCAAAGCCCAGGAGAUGCUCAGAGACGGCCAGCCCAGCCAGGAGCUCCAGCAGGAGGGAUCCACACCAUCGGACCUGCCGGAGCUGCUGUCCAAGCUGCAGGAGGCCGAAGAGUCCCAGAGGAUACUGAAGGCCGAGUGUGACCAGUACCGCACCGUACUGGGGGAGACGGAGGGCAUGCUGAAGCAGCUGCAGAAGAGUGUGGAGGAGGAGGAGCUCGUCUGGAAGGCCAAGAUCGCCGAGGCCGAGGGGCAGAGGCAGGCGGCCCUGGAACAGGUGAAGGCGCUGGAGGAGGCUGCAGAAGCCAUGAGGACAGACAGUCCAAACACGGAACAGCUGAAGGAGCAGGUGAUGCUUCUAGAAGCUCAGCUGGAAAAACAGCUGGAGUCGCUGACCUUCAGCCAGACCUACGCCGAGGAGAUCGCACAGCUGAAGGCGUCUCUGUCGGGGGCCCAGGCUCAGCUGGAGGCUGCUCAGGCAGAAGCCCAGAAACAGACGUCUGAACUCGCCACGGUGAGGCAGCAGCUGAGGGAGUCGACUGAGCGCGUGCAGAACGAGGACUCCUCCCACUCGCCGGGGUCAGAGGUCACACAGGUGCAGAGCCAGCUGGAGAUGACGGCUGGGAAAUUACUGACUGAGGAGGCCAUGAAGCAGCAGCUAGCAGAGAACUACGAGCAGGCUCAGAAGUACGUGACGGACCUUCAGACCCAGCUAGAGACUCUCAGAGCAGAGGGAGAGGGACCCAACAUCGAGAUGAAGGAGCGUCUGGAUAAGGAGAAGAAGCUGACGAGGGACCUGGGGCAGGCCGCCACCAAGCUGCAGCAGCUGCUCAAGGCCACCCAGGACCAGCUGGCCAAGGAGCGGGAGACCGUCAAGAACCUUCUGGAACAAACACAGGGCAAGGAAACUGAGGAGCCAAAGGAGGGAACAUCUGUCUGAGCCAGAGUGGACAACCAUCAGAGAGAGAACGAGAGAGAAAAGAGAGGGAAUAAAAAGAGGAAGAUGAAGACGAAGAUGAGCGACUUUUCCAAGAUGCCUUAAUUUACUCGACAUAUUCAUUUAUAUCUUUGUAGUCUCACAGUGCUGUAGUAGCUGCUGGGUGGAAUGGACCUUUCGGAAUGGAGGGAAGGAUGAAGGGAAUAAAAGAAAGGAAGGAAGAGGGAGAAAGGGAAAAAAAGAGGGAGAAAGAGAGGGGGAAGAAGGUCUGGGAAUGAAUGAGCGGACUGAGAAAUCUAGUUAUGUAUCUUUUUUUUUUUUUUUUUUUUUAAUUGAAGAUCAAAGAUUUAAACGUGGGACGCUUCAGCCGAGAUGAGGCGGGCUGCGGGUGUCUCAGUGGACUCACAUUCCCAGAAUGCACCAUUCUGUCAGUGUUAAUGGAUCAAAGGGAAAAAAUCCUCCAUGUGGCUGCGUCACUGCACAAUUUGUGGCAGUUGAGGAAAAAAAAAUAAAACAAGAUGGUGCAAUCACUUUACUUUUAACUUUAUUGUUUUUUUGUUUUUUUUCUCUUGUCCUUUUUUCAAAUGGGAGUGGAGGACCUCAACCUCGCCACCCAAACCCAGGAAUAGAAGGGAGGGAGGGGGGAGGGAGAGAGGGCAGGAGAGGUGUGGUGACAUUUCUCCAAUGCGGUACGGAGACAACAUGCAAUGUUUGGCCCCUGCACCUGUUGCUACGGGGACGGAACACCCUCAUAAUGUGAUCAUUUGUAAUGAAACAAUAAAAAACAAUGUAGACCAUA